UCUAAUUUCACCUAGGGUUCAGUACCAACAAAUGUUGGCAUUACCAGGCCAGUUAAGAUGAAUUCGAUGCAACAACUCCACUAGCCGCCGCACACACACUAUAUUCCAUCGUAGUAGAAGCGGCCAAAGCCGUCGAAAUUGAAUGAUGACGCCUAUGCUGGUAUGCAGGUUACGUGCACAAUGGAGAACGAGAUCGAGAAACUUGAUGGGCCUGUUGACGUUUCCUCCUCCUCCGACGAGCUUCAGGAACGGGGAGCAACGACUUCUGUGUACAACACCAGACGACAAAAAACUUGCUUUAGCGAAACCCCAACCCUAGGGGUUUCGCAGAGAAAGAAACACAGCAGCUGUCCUCGGCAUGGAGGUAUCGGCUUAAAUAUGGCUUCACAGUUUGAGCAGAUCCAGCAACAGAUAGAGGAUUUAAAAGCUAUAGUUGCGAAGCAGGGACAAUUCAACCAGGAUGUCCUCGCAACACUGCACCAGGCCAUUGGUGAGACGGACGGAUCGCCGAUUGUGGGUAGCAAUUCUCCGCACGCAAUCCGGUCCAAGAACAGGGUUAAAACUACAACCGAACACGCUGCUAAGAGGGAUCAGCCAAGGUUUAGAACAUACAAACGGCGUAACUCCAAGACUGAAAGCAACACGAAGUCUGGUCUUAGGGGGAGGCGAAAUCUGUUCCCGGCUUCGAUGAUUUCAACUGGAUGCGACGAUCCCCACAGCUCGUAUGUCACCAAUACGACCGUGAAGAUUGCUCGGGCUCGAGCCCUUCAACAGAAGUUCAUGCAACUGAGACACCUAGAUAGCAAUUUUAUGGCAGAGGAUCUUGGUAGUAAAAUUCCCAAGGGUAUGCCGGUCUCAUUUCAACCUACUCCAGACAUGGAGAUAAAUGGAUUACACCUAGCUACCGCAUCCUACAUCUUUAAUACUGCGUUGGAUCCAGAGGAGAUACUUGUUCCGAAUUCACACUGUGCCAUGACGCGCAAGGCCCUUAGGACUUUAGAGCCGGGUAGGCAAGUAAUUGACGAUGUGCUGAUUCUGCUGGCAAGGAUGCUUGCCUUAGACUCCACAAGGCUGCAAUGGUACCUGCCGACCACCUUUACGCGGUGUUGUUAUAUUUUCACUCUGCAGCAAAUAGCUACCGGACGAGGACCUAUACCGGAGGCAACAAUUUCUGCCAUAAGAAAGGACUUCAUGGGUUACGCCGAUGAAGUCCUAAAGAUUUACUGCCCAAUGUGGUGCGACAACCACUGGUUUCUUGUUGUUGUCGACCUUGCAAGACAUCGACUUAUUUAUCUUGACUCACUGAGGUCCCCAACGGCCAGCUCAAAGAGACGUCGCCUGAUUAGGAAAUUGGCAAUCUUUCUGGAUGACCUUUUGGAUGACCGUGCUUGGUAUGCUAAUGAAGACACGGAUAAAAUUGAAUGCAGUGAGUUCGAGAUUACGGAGCCGAACGUUGCCCAACAACUUCCAGAAAGCAAUGACUGUGGCGUGUUUGUGGCACAGUGGAUGAUCAUGUACCACUUAUUCUACGAUUACGAUGUUGAGACAUUUCAGUUGGUAACAGACUACAGUCGAAUGCGCCUUGCAAUCGAUAUGGUACUAAAGUAUCACAACGAGAACAGAAUGGAAACCAUUGAAGCCGCUCUGAGAUAUUGGCGGAGUUUCUCAACCGCCCCAUCAUAGCAACCUAGGAGGCAGGCUUAGCCUAAGAUACCAGUUUUUUUUGGUAGAGGCACACAACCAACUUGCACUACUAAGUGCAUUAUUUUGUAAAAUGAGGUGUAUCCCCAAUUUGGAGGUUAACGCUGUUAUUAUGUUUGUGAUGCCAAUUACAUGAUGCUUAUUAUGUUAAUUAAAUUAUCUACAACUGGAUGAAAUGCAGAAGGAACAGACUAAAUUUUUAA